UUAGUCGAUGAGUUGGAGAUUCUGAAAAUUUGCUUAAAACUUUCAGUUUUUCUACGAUAUUAAAUAACUUAGCUAAGAAAUUUAUAGUUAAUUAAUUGAUUUAAGAGAUUACACAGCAAAUAAUAAGAAAAAACAAUGUUUAUCUGGGACUGGUUCACUGGUGUUUUAGGAUAUUUGGGAUUAUGGAAGAAAUCUGGCAAAUUAUUAUUCUUGGGAUUAGAUAAUGCUGGUAAAACGACACUUCUUCACAUGCUUAAAGAUGACAGAUUAGCACAACAUGUUCCAACACUUCAUCCGACAUCAGAGGAACUGUCCAUAGGAAAUAUGCGUUUUACAACAUUCGAUUUAGGUGGACAUACGCAAGCUCGUCGUGUGUGGAAAGACUACUUUCCAGCUGUCGAUGCUAUUGUCUUUUUAAUUGAUGCAUGGGAUCGUAGUCGCUUCCAAGAAAGCAAAAUCGAAUUGGAUUCAUUGUUAACGGACGAAGCUUUAUCGAAUUGUCCCGUCCUUAUAUUGGGUAAUAAAAUUGACAAACCAGGAGCAGCCAGCGAAGAUGAAUUGAGAAAUUUCUAUGGACUUUAUCAACUUACAACAGGAAAGGCAAACAUAGCAAGAUCAGAGUUAUCGGGUCGUCCAUUAGAGCUCUUUAUGUGUUCGGUGUUAAAGCGACAAGGAUAUGGAGAAGGCUUCCGUUGGUUGGCUCAAUAUAUUGAUUAGGCAUGAUUUUUAAUUAUAUUAAAAAAUAUGUAAUGUUGAAUGAAAAAAAAAAGUUAUAAAUUAAUGAA